UGAUAACACAUAAAAAUUUUCAGCAAUUUCGGAUCCUGAAGUGUCGUGUGAUCGUGUUACAAACUACCAUCCUUCGUGUUUUUUUUUAAAUCUUUCGUAGUAAUCAUCUGGAAUCUUUUUCAGGGUUCCACGCGUUGGAAGUGCAUCUGAUCAUACAGAAUAUUUGGAUUUCACAAUAUAAUCGAACUGUUAUCAGUGUCCUGACCGUGCACAUCCCAGCUGAUCACAGAAAUCAUGUUGAUCUUUUCCAAUUACCAGAAUUUCCAUUUGGAGUAUAGCUUUAGUUUUUAAGCGUGACAAACACACAAACAUUAUCCCGACCUUAUUUCUUUGAGGUAGUUCACGGAGCUGUGAUCUUCUAACUUUCUCAAACCUGACCAUGGAAGAGGGUAAAAUGGUCAUCGAUGUCGACGAGGCAUUAGAUGAAGAAAACAUGAUUAUCAACGAAACAGAUGGAUUACCUAGUUUAAAUCAUUACAAGUCUGAAACAGAGUAUGCCCAAAGCAGAGAACCAUCAACUGUUGAAGAGCUCUUAAAUGAUGAAGAUUUGCCCACAUCUUUAAUUGUAACGAAUCUAUCGAGCGAUGUAUUUAAGUCUGAUACUUUGAAGCAAAAAAUUGAAGAAAUAUUCACUAGGUUCGGUGAGCCUGUUUCAUUUCACUAUUUCCGAAGUUUCCGGCGCAUGCGAGUGGAUUAUGGUUGCUCAGCAGCUGCUGCGAAAGCCCGCAUUCAUCUGCAUCAGACACGUUUCGGCGAUAACAUCAUCAAUUGUUACUUUGCUCAGCCUGUGACACCCAUUGAUGUAGCUGACCGGCAUUUACAACUACCAGCACCCGUAAAGCAGUUCCUAAUUUCUCCCCCUGCAUCUCCGCCUUUGGGUUGGGAACCAAGAGAAGAAAAUGAGCCGCUAGUUAAUUAUGAUCUAAUAGCUGCAAUUGCAAAUUUAACACCUGGUAAAAUGCAUGAGCUUCAUGCUGCGUCAAGUACGCAGCCAGGUAUUGUUGUUCAUGUGUGCGAAGAUGGUUUGAGUUCUCAAGCCACUGAUAAGCAGCGAAAACCGCAAAUCCUUCCUACAAGUUGUCCGAAAUACAACUGAGAAUCUCUCAUCUUUUGUUUCCUGCUCCGUGUCUAGUGUUUUUCAAUUUUACCUCUGUUGAAUGUGUGCUUCUAGGAAGCAUUAUCCCCUAUUUUUGUACCCUUACUUUAAUGGCAAUUUUUGAAGCUCAUUGUUGGUCCAAUUCUGGAAUUCUGGUCUGUUUCAUUGUUAGAAUUGGAGCCCUUGAGCUUUUUAGAAAUAGGAAGACAAUGAGGAUUUGAUUUUUCUUCGGGACUAAUCUCUUCAUGAACACAACUAAGAAAGCGUUCAUGAAUUACGCAAUGCUCUUUUAUGGCAUUUUUGACCCCCCCCCCCUCCUUCCAUGUAAUGCUUUUGUGACAUAGGUUCCUAUCUUUAAAAAUGUAGAAACAAAAUGGCGUAAUGCUCUCUUUGAUUUCCCCUCCCCCUAGAGCAUUACGUAAUUUAUAAAUGGCCUCUAAAAAAGUAGCAGAAAGUAUUUUAGAUGGAAUGGAAGGAUAUUAAUUGAGUUCCGAUUGGCUGAAAUUUAGUCAAUUUGGUUGACUGGGAGAAAAUCAUUUUUACUACCAUUCCUUUCAAAAGUGUAAUUUGAUUCUCAAAGUUACAUGUAUUUUUCUAAGUUCUCACUCUUUUACUUGAAUAAGUAUAAGGCAGUUGGCGCUGGCUUAUCAUAGAAACAGUUUAAAAUUGCUCAGCAGAAAGGUUCCAUUGUCGAUCUCUCACGCAAGUUGGAAAAAUGGAUACUAUGUGACAAUGCUGAUACAUAGUAAAGAGUGACAAUCAUUUGGAUGAAGAAUACUUCGUGUAGUCAACAAAAUCACUAAAAUCAAAUGAUGAAGAAAAAGUUUUUGAAGAGGAUUCUGUUUUGUCUCAGUGCCAUGAGUGGGGUAUGAUGACAGGCAGAGAGAACUUAAUCAUUGUCAACAUGUGUCAACUAAUUUCAAAUUGACCAGCCUUAAUUGAAGUGUCAUUUAAAUUGUAAAACAUGAUAAUAGAACUUACCUAUGUGAAGGGAGUCUAUCCACACAGAAAGUUCCGAAGAAUCUGUUUCAUGGAAAGUCAUUCUCCAUGUAUAAAAGUGUUUGAGCAGCCAAAACUAGCUCUCAACAAUCCUAAAAUCUAAUCCAUCAUGCAAGCAAAUUAUAUCUCUCAUUGCAAGCACCUGUUUCAUCCAAUUCUAAAUAGAUGUCAGUCGGAAUUGAUUACUGCCGGUAAUGAAUUUCGAGUCAUUGGUAUUUAAAAUAAAGAUAAUAAAUUAAAAAAAUUGCUGCAACAAAGAAUAUAUUAUUUUUCUCAUUGACUUCAUUUAUAGAAGGUUUCGCACCAUAUCCAUUGGCUAAUUAUGUAUUUUAAGAGAUUAUAUCUCUAUGAUUUAUGAAUUUAAAGAAACAGCUAGUGCCAGAUUAUGAUACUGAUUGUGAGUAGAGGCAAGACUUCUCAGUCUGUGCUGCAUGGAGUUUAAAUAGUUUUGAAAGUUCUAGAUUUAGUUUCAAAAAGUUGGAACCUAGGUCUAAAUUAAUUUUGACUGACUUUCUGCUCUCUCAAAAGUUUUGAAAGCACUUUUUUUACAUUUUUUAUUUUCAUUUUUUUUUUAAAUUUUUUUUCUCCUUUUCUUUUUCUAUUUUUUGUUGCAAGGCAGCAGAAUCUCAGUCUUAAUUCCUACGAAUGGCUGUUCCCACAAUAUGCUUCUGAUUUUUUUUAUUUGAUUUAUUUUUAUUAUUUCAUUUCAUUUUCAUUUUGGUUUUAUUUUCUUAUUUUUUAUUUGAUCUUUUUAUCUCCUGUAUUCAUGUUAUUUUCCAUAUCAGAAAUCUAACAUUUGAGCCACUGUCAUUCUAUGUAUCUUUUUUGCCUUUAGUAUCAACCUAAAUGUAUCUUUGUGAGAUGUACAACCAGUUCUGUAUUCCUUUACAUUAACGAAGUAUUUUUCAAACUUUCAAAAAGUAGUAAAACAUUUAAGAUGUAAACAAUGUGAUAUACUUUACGGUUAAUCCAGAACAAUUGCUGCAUAGUCACAGAUCUGCAUCACUUUUGGUACUGUCAUGGACCAAUAGCGGGAUUAAGUGUAUGUUGAAGUAACCUUUGAUCAUUGAUUUAGUAAAGGUUACUGGAUUACAGAAUACUUUCAUAACAAGUGGAAGCCUUCUAUUUUUUUCAAAGAUAUUCUUUAAAAGUUCUCAAUUAAAUAGCAGGAUAUUGCAAGAUGUAGUACAGCAGUGAGUUCUUCUCUUCUUAGGGUUUAUACCCUAAUAGAUAUUCUGUCAACUCCUCAUUAAAUUUUUACAUAUUGUAAUGCGCUUUGGAUCACUGCCCCUUGCCCUGCGGGGAAAGAGGGUUUUUUCUGAGGGCAAUAAUAACAACGAAUAUGGUUAAGCAAUACAUUGUUUUUAAUGGCUUGUAUUUAGUAUGUUGACCUGAAUGGCUUUGUUUUGUUAAAAAAGGAUUAAUGGCCUUAUCAUGCAAAAGUAGGAUUUCAUUUCGGCAGAGAAACUACUGUCCUUCUUCACAGUUGUAAUUGCUCCAUAGUUGUCCAUAUCCUUAGUUUCUGAGCAUUCUAAAGAGUGAACGACUUACAUUUAGACAAAAGUCAUCUCGAUGUAUGCAAAGCCAUGGGUGGUUUUUCCAGAGAGUGUCACAUUUAGGUAAAAUUUAAUUUCUUCAACAUGUUUUUGUCUCACUAUAAUUUUGAGUGCUUGUAAAAACUGAGCUUUAUUAAGUUAAAUAGAAACAUAGGUUUCUUGAAAACUUAGAGGUAUCUCCUCGUUGAGGAAAGAACCCAAAAAAAAUUAGAAUUUCUGAACCUAACUUUUUCUGACUUUAGUUUGCUUGGGUGCCUCCAUCUUAAGAUUAUUCAAAAUCAGUUACUUUUUCCAAACAGCAAGUUUACCCAGGACAUCCUCUGUGCAGUCUGACUCAUGUUGCAGUUCAUAAACAUUGUUAAUGAUGAUUGUGGUAAGAUAGAUAAUGCAAGUUUCUAGAUUUUAAGUCCCUGUUGUGUUGAAAAGUGUCCCCAUUUUUUCUCAACUGUUCAUCUCCCUCUACCUCAUAACCCUGGUUUCCUCUCAAUCUGAGGUUUUGUAAUUACUUUGAACUUUUUCUGUUAUAAAUUUCUGGCUCAAGUAAACCGAUUAAAUGAAAGAUUUUUCCGCCCAUUUUUAAUUUGGAAAUGUCCAUUCAAUUCAAUAAAAUUGCGUUUAAACUAUAGUGUAACAGUAUCAGAGUGACAUUCAUAAACCUACAAUGCUAUUGAAUAGCCAAAUCUCUUUAAUAGAUCAGAAUAUGAAGCCUCUUUCUUCCAUCUGGCUCACAACUGUUCAGCCACUUUGUGAGUCUUAUCCUUUUAAAUUGAGUUAGUUGCAAGCAAGUCAUACUUACCUAUAACGUUUGGUGUAUGGUUCAAUGUAGGUAUUCUUGGUACAGUUUUUGAAUUUCAUACAGUAGGAUUAAAUCAUAGUUUAGAUAGAUUUUUUAAAAAAAAAAUUGCAUUAUGUGGAGAAAUAGUGGAAAAUAGAAGUAUGCACAAGAACCUGUAAAAAAGCCAUUUGUCAAUUGGAGGUACCCGAGUGUCAUUUGUAUUGUUUUUGAACUCUCAAUUACAUGUUUGUUUUUUAUUUUGUAUUUAUAUUUCUUAAUCUUUUCUUAUUGUUUUCAUUAAAUUUUGUAGUCAAUUAUUAUUUUUUCUUGGUUUAUAAUGAAGUUUCUACCUUUUUUUUUUGGAAUACAAUUGUUUUUAAGUUUUCCUUCCUUUAAAAUAAGUUAAUUAUCUCUUACAUUUUCAAAAUUUUAUUUUUGCCGUGACUGAAUUUUAUCAAGGUAGAUUUUCGAAAAGACAUGGGAGAAAUAAGGUUUUCUUUUUGCCUCAACUAGCCGCUCCUUUCUGUUGCGUUUAUCAUCCUGCAGUUCAAGAGACUUUUUUUUUCUUGCAUUAAAAUAUAAGUUUGAGGUACCCACUCUAAAAUAUACUAAUGAAAGUUAGGUACUUAUUGGAUAAUUUCUCUGUAAUUGUAUUUUUGUAAAACUGAAUUCAGUCUUGGAAUAUUCCAUCUCUAAUAAUAAUCUCUAGUUGUGAAGAAAAAUUUAGAAAUAGAAAUUUUCAUUUUUCAAUGCAUUGCUUUGUUCCAUGAGAAAAUCGCGAUUUGAUUUUAAAUUCUAAAUUCUAUCUCUUAGUUAUUUUUUUUGAGAAUCUGAGUGAUUGUAUUUAAGGGUUACUUCAAUUUUUUUUAAAAUUUGUUGAAAUUUCUGACUGAAUGAACUGAAAUACAAUCACAAGACACAUGACACUCGAGCAUGUGGUUUAAGUUUUUGUAAAAAGUUAAGGGAAAGUUUCUCCCGGAAAAUAAGGUCUCAAUUCUCAUUUCACCGAUUCGGUCACGUUUUCAACAAAUUUUGAUCUGUUUACUUGACUCAAUAGCUGUUAUAUGUAUGGAAAGUCUAUCUAUGCUCCACAGUAAAUUAGCUUGCUGGAAAAUGCAUCUCUGAUAAAAAUCUAACUUUCAUUCGUAGGUCUGAAACAUAUAUUUUAAGAAUGUUUUUGUCAUCUGCAUUUGAAUUGAAAUAUAUACCAAAAGUAUUUCUUUAA